AUGCCCCCCAAAAAGCCAGACCUCUCUGGCUACCAGUACUCUGCGCUUUCGUCUCUCGUCAUCCAUGCCGACCGUACACAUCGUCGGCCCGACGAACCAUCCGGCGAGGCCGAGUCGCUAGCUGGUCGCAUCAACAUCCGCGAUAUGGGUACAGCCGUCAAGUCACAAGGCGUAAAGAAUCUCGACAAGAAGCGCAAAAAGGCACAAACAGACGAUCAACUCAGUCAACCACUUGCCAAGCGUCAAGCUGCUUCGGCCUCCUUCUCACAUCAAAACACCUACACCGACAUUCUUCAGGCCACCGCAGAACUCGAAGGUCUGCGAUACAAUCCAAAAACAGCAGAAACCAGAGACAUUUACGAACUCAUCCUCGGCAUCGUCCAUUCAGCAUUAGGCGAUCAAGCCCAAGAUGUUCUUCGUUCUGCUGCAGACACUACCCUCGAGAUUCUCAAGGAUGACAAUCUCAAAGACUUGGAAAAGAAAAACGAGAUUGACGAUAUCCUCGGACCGCUUACCACCGAAUCUUUCGGCCAACUUGCCAAUCUCAGCAAGAAAAUCACCGACUACGAUCAAACAGAUCACGACAAUCUCACUGCGAACAACGACGCCAAGCUCGACGAGAUCGACGAGAAUGCCGGUGUGGCCGUCCUCUUUGACGACGAAGAACAACAGGAAAGCGAUCACGACGGCGUCAAUUAUGUUGUACGUGACGAUAGCGACGAUUCCGAUGCUUCCCAAGACGAAGACCCACACCCACGCCAACGCCAGGAGGAGGUCAAGCGCCAAGCAUCCGAUGCACAAGAUGAUGCCGACACCGACGACGACGAGCAAGAUGCGCUUCUGAUCGGCUCCAGCAACUUGGCCGCCAACGCCGAUUCCAAGCAACACGAUCCCACCCACGUCAGUCCGCGCGACAUUGACGCCUUCUGGAUCCAACGACACAUCUCACACCACUACCCCGAUGCAUACGAGGCCAGCGAAAAGGCAGACAGUGCCUUCGACAUUCUUUCGGCCGAAUCCGACGUUCGCGAUUGCGAAAACAGCCUCAUGGAGCUCUUUGACUAUGACAAGUUUGAGCUCGUUCAGCUUCUUACCAAGAACAGGGAUGCCGUCGUCUGGUGCACUCGUCUAGCGCGCGCCGAUGACGAUGAAAAGGUAAAUGUCCACGUCGCAAUGCGAGAAAAGGGCGUCGCUUGGAUUCUCAAGGCAUUGCAAGGCGACGUCGCCAACCCAAGCGGUGCUCUGACUAACAGCAAUCCACCCAAUCCACUCGCGCCCAUCGAUCUCGAAGAGGCACAACGCAAGGCCAAACGUCUCACCUCGCGUGCCACCAUUGCUCCCGGAUCCACAGCACAGCCAAGGCGCGGUGUCGAUCUCGAGGCCAUGGCAUUCACCCAGGGCGCUCAUCUCAACACAAAUCCAAAGGUCCGCUUGCCAGAGGGGAGCUUCAAGCGUACCAAGAAGGGCUACGAAGAGAUUCACAUCCCUGCACCGCCCAAGAGGACCAUAGCCCAAGCCGACCUCGUGCCCAUCACCACUCUACCUCAAUGGGCUCAAGCUGCUUUCCCCGGUGCCACAUCGCUCAACCCCGUUCAGUCACGCUGCUACCCCGUCGCGUUUGGCUCAGAUGAACCCAUGCUCUUAUGUGCACCCACAGGCGCGGGCAAGACCAAUGUCGCCAUGCUCACAAUCCUUAACGAGAUCGGAAAAUGGCGCGACCAAGCUUCCGGAGAGAUCGAGCUUAAUGCUUUCAAGAUUGUCUACGUUGCCCCCAUGAAGGCGCUUGUUUCUGAACAGGCGGCCAACUUCCGCGAUCGUCUUCAGUCUUAUGGCAUUGUCGUCAAUGAACUCACCGGAGACAGCCAAUUGACCAAAGCACAGAUCGCCGAGACGCAGAUCAUUGUCACCACACCGGAAAAGUGGGAUGUCAUCAGCCGCAAGAGCACCGACACGUCCUACACCAACCUUGUUCGCCUUGUCAUUAUCGAUGAGAUCCAUCUGUUGCACGACGAUCGUGGCCCUGUGCUCGAAGCCAUCAUUUCGCGAACCAUUCGCCGCAUGCAACAGAUGAACGAUCCCGUCCGUCUCGUCGGUCUUUCGGCUACUUUGCCCAACUAUCAAGACGUCGCCACCUUCCUCCGUGUCAACCCCAAGACCGGUCUUUUUUACUUUGAAAGCAAUUACCGUCCAUGUCCGCUCAAGCAAGAAUAUGUCGGUAUCACUGAAAAAAAGGCAAUCAAGCGCUUGCUCAUCAUGAACGAGAUCACCUACGAAAAGACGCUCGACCAAGCCGGCAAAAAUCAGGUGCUCAUCUUUGUCCACUCGCGCAAAGAGACGGCCAAGACGGCCAAGUUUAUCCGCGAUCGAGCCAUGGAGCAGGAUACUCUCAACCGUUUCUUGCCUCCCUCGCCUGCCAGCCAGGAAGUGCUUCGCUCCGAGCUCGACAAUGUCGUCGACGGCGAUCUCAAGGAUGUGAUUCCGUAUGGGUUCGGCAUCCACCACGCUGGUAUGUCGCGUCUCGAUCGCGAGCUCGUCGAGGCGCUCUUUGCCGAUGGUCAUCUUCAGGUGCUCGUCUCUACCGCAACCCUCGCUUGGGGUGUCAAUCUUCCGGCACACACCGUCAUCAUCAAAGGCACACAGAUUUACAACCCAGAAAAGGGCCGCUGGUGUGAGAUCACACCACAAGACAUGCUUCAGAUGCUUGGACGGGCUGGUCGGCCGCAGUUUGACACCUUUGGCGAAGGUAUCAUCAUCACCAACCACUCUGAGCUGCAAUACUAUCUCAGCUUACUCAAUCAGCAGCUACCCAUCGAGUCACAGCUCGUCUCCAAAUUGGCCGACAAUCUCAAUGCCGAGAUUGUGCUGGGCACCAUCCGCAACCGGGACGAGGCGGUGGCCUGGCUAGGCUACACGUAUCUAUACGUGCGAAUGCUGCGCUCCCCAACGCUCUACAGCGUCACAGCCGAUUAUGCCGAAGAUGAUCCUUUCCUCGAGCAGAAGCGCGCUGAUAUCGUUCACACUGCCGCUGCCUUGCUGGAAAAGUGCGGAUUGCUCCGAUACGAGCGACGCACCGGCAACUUUACCUCCAACGAGCUCGGACGCAUCGCAUCGCACUACUACAUCACUCACGACAGCAUGGCCACCUAUCAUCAGCAGAUCAAGCCGCACCUUGGACCCAUCGACCUCUUCCGCAUUUUUGCACUCUCCAACGAGUUCCGUCACCAGGUGGUGCGACAGGACGAGAAGCUCGAAGUGGCCAAGCUGCUCGAACGCGUGCCCAUACCCGUCAAGGAAUCCGCCGACGAUCCGAUCGCCAAGGUCAAUGUUCUUUUGCAAUCAUGGAUCUCGCAGCUCAAACUCGAUGGAUACGUGCUUGCAGCCGAUAUGGUCUAUGUCACUCAGUCUGCCGGCCGUAUCCUGCGUGCCAUAUUUGAGAUCUGCCUGAAGCGCGGCUACGCUCGACUGAGCAGGCUGGCUCUCGAUCUGUGCAAGAUGGUCGAGUCGCGUCAGUGGGGCUCGAUGACGCCUUUGCGUCAAUUCCGUGGCAUACCCGCCGAUCUCGUCCGUCGUCUCGAGCGCAAAGAAUACCCGUGGAAUCGGUUGCGCGAUCUCGAGCCAAACGAAAUCGGCGAGCUGAUUGGAAUUCCCAAAGCGGGUCGCCUUGUUCACCGGCUCGUCCACCAAUUCCCGCGUUUGGAGCUUCAAGCUUUCUUUCAACCGCUCACACGCUCCUUGCUUCACGUCCAACUCACUAUCACGCCUGACUUUCAGUGGGACGAAAAGGUGCACGGCGGUGCGCAGUCGUUCUGGAUCAUGGUGGAAGACGUGGAUGCCGAGAUCCUGCACUACCACGACCAGUUUCUCCUUCUGCGCAAGUAUGCCGAGUUGGAACAUACGGUCACAUUCACGAUCCCAAUGACUGAGCCCAUUCCGCCCAACUACUUUAUCAGCGUCGUCAGCGACCGAUGGCUUCAUAGUGAAGUGCGUCUGCCGAUUUCGUUCAAAAACCUUAUCCUUCCGGAAAAGUUCCCGCCUCACACGCCAUUGCUUGAUUUGCAGGCACAACCAGUCUCGGCGCUUAACGACGGUGCUGCCGAGCAGCUGUAUGUCGAGUCGUUUUCGCACUUCAACAAAGUGCAGACACAGACAUUCCACGCUCUGUACGGUAGCGACGACACGGCGUUUGUCGGAGCACCCACAGGAAGCGGCAAGACAGUAUGUGCUGAGUUGGCACUGCUGCGUCUCUGGAAGGACGAAGAGGCGGGUCGUGCAGUCUGCGUUGUCCCGUACGACUCGAUGGUUGCACCACGCGUAGCCGUAUGGAAGGCCAAGUUCGGUUCGUAUCAGGACGGCAAGGAGGUGGUCGGACUUACCGGCGAGACGAGUGCCGAUCUGCGGCUUCUCGAGAUGGCCGACGUGGUUGUCUGUACACCAGAGCACUGGGAUGUGCUCUCGCGUCGCUGGCGUCAGCGCAAGAACGUCCAAAACGUUGCGCUGUAUGUGUUCGACGACAUCCACAUGAUCGGCGAUUUGCGCGUUGGUCCAACAUACGAAAUUGUUGCUUCUCGCGCACGCUUUGUUGCUGCACAGACGCAGAACUCUACUCGCAUUAUUGCACUCAGUGUGCCACUUGCCAACGCGCGCGAUCUGGGAGACUGGCUCGGAGCUCCGAGCGGAAGCGUAUUCAACUUUGCUCCCAGUGCAAGGCAAGUGCCGAUGGAGGUGCAUAUCAAGACUUUCAAUGUUGCGCACUUCCCAAGUAUGAUGAUCGCGAUGGCCAAGCCUGCGUACCUGGCGAUCAUUGAGCAUGCCGAGGAUCAGCCGGUGAUUGCGUUUGUUCCGAGCAGGAAGCAGGCCAAGUUGACAGCGGAUGAUCUGCUCGCCUACGUCGUAGCUGACAGCGACCGAGCGGAUGGAGAGAGUGAGGAUGGCGAGUCUCGCUUUCUCAACAUUGAGAUGGACGACCUCGAACCACAUCUGCAGAGGGUCCAAGAUGGCGAUUUGCGAGAGCUGCUCGCGAACGGUAUCGCGUACUACCACGAAGGUCUCACGCGCAACGACCGUCGAAUUGUCGAGCGACUCUUCUCCGCCGAUGCGAUCCGAGUAGUCGUCGCGAGCAAAGAGACCGCCUGGAACAUUCCACUGAGCGCGCACCUUGUGCUCAUCAUGUCGCUGCAGACCUACGAAGGUCGUGAACACCGGUACGUCGAUUACCCUCUUCCUGACGUGCUGCAAAUGGUCGGUCGAUGCACCGUGCCCAACUCUCAUGGAAGCUCACGCCUUGUGCUUCUCUGCCAAGCCACACGCAAAGACUACUUCAAGAAAUUCCUCGCCGAGGGCCUACCCAUCGAAUCGCGUCUAACGUCGUAUGCACAGGACUUUUUCAAUGCGGAAAUCGUCGCUCGUACCAUCGACGACAAACAGGCUGCUGUCGACAUCCUCACUUGGACACUGCUCUACCGACGUCUGCAACAAAACCCACAAGCGUACAACUGUCAAGGGAAAAGCAUGCAGCACAUUGGAGAGUUUUUGUCGGAACUGGUUGAGAACACGCUCGCGGAUCUGGAGAACAGCAAGUGCAUCAGCAUUGAAGACGAGAUGGACGUCUCGCCGCUGAAUCUGGGCAUGAUCGCGAGCUACUACAACGUGAGCUACGUGACGAUCGACGUUUUCAACAUGUCGUUAAAGGAGAGGACCAAGAUGCGCGGAUUGUUGGAGAUCGUUAGCUCGAGUGCCGAGUUUGAAGAUCUACCGAUUCGACAGCACGAGGAUGUUGUAUUGCAACGCAUCUACGAUCGGUUGCCGCUAAAACUGGAUCGGUUGGAUCUGCUCUCUCCGUACCAUAAGGUGUUUAUUCUGAUCCAGGCGCAUUUUGGGCGGAUGACUCUGCCUGUCGACUUGGAGGCGGAUCAACGAUGGGUGCUGACCAAGAUUCUGAAUCUGCUCUCGGCGUGUGUCGACGUCAUGUCGUCCAAUGCGUUCCUCAACGCCAUUGUGGCGAUGGAGCUUAGUCAGAUGGUGGUUCAAGCGUGCUGGGAGAAAGAUUCCGUGUUGAGGCAGGUGCCUGGAUUUACAGCUGAUGUGGUUCAACGAUGCCGUGCACGCGGGGUCGAGGAUGUCUACUCUUUGUCCGAUCUCUUGGCUGAUCUGUCCGAGGCGGAGAGGGAUGAUCUGCUGCGAAUGGACAAGAAGCAGGUUGCAGCGGUAGCGCAAUUCGUCAACAACUUCCCCUACAUCGAGUUGAGCUAUACUAUCACCACGCCGUUGGAACAACGUAUUGCGAGCGAACCCAUCUCGAUCGCUAUCCAGCUCGAGACGGAUACCGAGACGGAUACCGAUCACGAACAAGCUCUGGUGGCCCGAAGCAGUUUCUACGCCUCGCGCAAACUCGUCCAGUGGUGGAUCGUAAUCGGCGAUCCUGGAACACGAACACUGUUAGCGAUCAAAAAAGUGACCAUCAGGAAGACGUUGGAGCUGAGUCUAGAGGUGAGCUUGACCCAAGGUCGACACGAGCGAUUGAAGAUCUGGUUGGUUUGCGAUUCGUACAUGGGUGCGGAUCGCGAAGUCAACGUGGACCCGGUCGAUGUGGCUGAAGGCGUCGAAUCCGAGGAUCAAGACGAUGACGAUGAUGAUGACGAUAGCGAUGACGAGCAAGAGCAUCACUAG